UUUCAGAUAACGUUUGAAAGUUAAGAUGAAACUGAUUGUUUGCAUUUUGCCGCUGUUUUGUGGCUUGGCUUUGGCCCAAUUUGGUGGUUUCGGUGGCUUUGGCGGUAAUAUUGCCAACACUUUUCAGAGUGGCAUCAAUGCUAUUGCAGCUCAAGUAAAAAAUGUGCCCUUCGUAGAUAAUGCCAAGAAUUUUGCUGAUUUUGCUCAACAAGCCGGCAAAACUUAUGCCUCCGCUGCUGAGCAGACAUUGCGUGAAGGUGUUUUCAAUGCCAACAAAAAAUUGGUCGAUGCCAACAAUCUUGCUUUUGCUGCCGGCAAAUCAACUUUCGAAUUAGCAGCCAAUGCUUUUGCUGAUGUCACCAAUGCCGAAUUCCUUAAAAAUUUCCUUGGUAGUCGCAAAUCCAGUGCGGGCGAAAAUUUUGCUAAGAAACAUCGUCAAAGGGCCGCUGUUCAAAGUGCAGCCGUACCAGACGCUUUCGAUUGGCGUGAAAAGGGUGGUGUUACACCAGUCAAAUUCCAAGGUGAAUGCGGUUCUUGUUGGUCUUUUGCUGUUACUGGCGCCAUUGAAGGUCAUGUCUUCCGCAAGACUGGUAAACUCAUCAAUCUCUCCGAACAGAAUCUGGUGGAUUGUGGUAAAAAAGAAUACGGUUUGGAUGGUUGUGAUGGUGGUUUCCAAGAAUAUGGUUUCGAGUUCGUCACCACCCAAAAGGGCAUUGCUAACGGUGAAAAGUAUCCUUAUGUGGAUAAUAAACAAACAUGCUCGUAUAAGGACAACAUCAAGGGAGCUGAGAUUACCGGUUUUGCCGCCAUCGAACCCAAGGAUGAAGAGACCAUGAAGAAAGUUAUUGCUACUUUGGGCCCACUCGCCUGUUCUGUUAAUGGUCCUCAGUCUUUAUUAUUAUACAAACGCGGUAUUUUCAACGAUGAGGAGUGCAACAAGGGCGAACCUAAUCACUCUAUUUUGGUGGUGGGCUAUGGCAGUGAAAAUGGUCAGGACUACUGGAUCGUCAAGAACUCUUGGAACAAGGUUUGGGGUGAGGAUGGCUACUUCCGUUUGCCAAGAGGCAAAAACUACUGUUCUAUUGCUAGUGAAUGCAGUUAUCCUAUUGUUUAAAUGUAAGGCAUGUAAAGUCUUAAGAAUUCACUUUUAGCUUUGUACAUGUAAAUAAUAAAUUUGAACGAUUUUCUUAUGACAA